AUGCUGCGUCGGCGCGCGUUGGGGGCGAUGGCGCUGCUGGUGUUGGUGGGCGUCGCCGUGGUGUUGUCGUCGUACACGUGGAGCUCGAAUCGCAACUCGCACUCCGAAGCUGAGAGCAGCGACACUCCGAAGUUGCUGCUUGCUCAUAUCCUAGGCCUGCCUGAUAGGAAAUGCUAUCACAACAGCAGCAACAGUGGUGGCCCGGAGGGGGGAUUGAUAACGGAGAGAGGAGGCGGAGGGGGGCGGAGCGAGGGGGGAGCAGCAGUAGCAGCAGCAGCGGCGGCUGCUGCGGCUGCGACAGCGGCGACGGUAGCGCGGGGAGUGGGGCGUGCAGCAGAGGCGGCGCUUUUGAGGGAUGAACUGGAGGACGAUGCGGGUGGUUAUGGUGAGUGUGAGAGGGUGCGAGGAGUCGACUCAAAACUCCCCUCUUCCGCCGCUCCCCUCCAUCUUCCCCACCCCCGUUACGCAGCUGAGCGCAUGAGCUCCCCUUACAUUUUCCAGCCAUCUGGAUACCCCCCUUGGAUCUUUCCGGGUACUGCUGCUGCUGCUGCUGCCACCGCCCCUACCAACCCCCAUGACAACCAGACAGUAGCAGGAGCAGAAGAAGAAGAAAGUGCUGCAGUUGUGGCGUGGAGGGAGGGGUUGGAUAAGGCGGAUUUGAAGUGCGAGAAUUUCUGGGGGGACGGGUACUCGGAGGUGCACACAUUGCUAGGCACACCCCCUGUGGGCACCUUCCCGCAUGCUCCAUGGGAUGAGGGCAGUGGGGACGGGGAGGAUGGGGUGAACGGGGAUGGGGGGAAUGCGGAUGGGGGAAACGGGGAUGGGGGGAGUGGGGAUGGGGGGAGUGCGGAUGGGGGGAGCGACAGGGCAGGAGGAGGCGCAGGAGGGGGAUCAGGAGGGGCAGGAGACGGAGGAAAAGGGGGAGGGGGAGGGGGAGGGGAGGGAGGGCAGAGCGGAGAGAAAUGGGUAGCCGGGGGAAACGAGGAGAACGGAGGCGACGGGUGGUUGCGGUGCAUACGCAACCCGACUCUAGACUCGUCCGUGUGCGAGGCAGGCAUGCUGGGCGUGUUCCCGGAUAAGAUGCUCAUGGCGCGUGGGGGGGAGGACGUGCGGAGUGUGAUGGGGCGGAUAGAAGAGGAGGAAUACCCGAUGUGCGAGGAAGGGGCGUUUCAGGUGGAGCAACGGCCAGUGUUGCUAGUAACGCGGUACGAGUACGUGAACCUGUACCACACCAGCACGGACUGGCAGAGCGCCUUCCAUGCCAUGCGCCUGCUGCACAUCUCUGUGCGACCCCUCGUCGUCUUCCUUGACGCUCAUGCCAAGGGCAACCUGGACGAGGCAUGGGCAACGAUGUUCGGGCCGUACCGGUUCAUCAAGGAGUAUCAGCCCCACCUGCCUCCCGGCACAGCGGUGUGCUUCCACCACGCAGUCUUUGUGCCCGUGGGCUAUGCCUCGCCCAUCUUCCACUCCUAUGUCAAGGAGUCCGUGGCUGUCAGAAGGUGUGUAGCAGACACGGCAGUGCAGGGCGGCAAAGAGUGGGGCGUAACACCUUUCGGAUCCACAUCGCGCAUCACAGAAUUCGCCGAGUUUCUCAUCAAGUCCCAUGGCAUAGGCCUGCACACCGGCCCAUGGUCCUUCCCCCUGCUCCCCGCCCCGCCACCUGGCUUCCUCCCCUCGCACCGCCGCCGCCGCCAACAAAACGGGACCCUUGCUGACCAUGACUCGACCCCCCUCCUAGUGAUCCGGCGAGACUUCUUUCUCGCCCACCCGCGCAUGGAGGACAACGGGUGGGUGGAGGAGCGUGUGGAGGGCGUUAACGACCUCGUACGGUCGCUCAAGCAGUGGGCGUGGGAGCGCGGCGGGCUGAGGCUGCUAGAUGCAGCAGAGAGGGUGGAUAGGAUGGGAUCCGUGCUACGGCCGAUGGCAGAUGCGAGGGACCAUUACCAACUGCUUGCGAAUCACCGUGGGUUGCGGUAUAUGAGAAUAGAGCCGAAUGAUAAGGGAGGUGUAGAUGUGAAUGAUGUGACGCGGGCGUUGAGGACGCUAUUAGAGGAGGAUGUGUGA